GGCUCAGCGGGUAAAGAUGGCUCCCUUUCCGGACGAGGUGGAUGUGUUUACUGGCCCGCACUGGCGGAUGAAGCAGCUGGUGGGCCUCUACUGCGAGAAGCUUUCCAAAACCAACUUCUCCAACCACAGCGACUUCCGCUCGUUCCUCCAGUCGCUUUGCGCCACCUUCAAGGAGUUCAAGAUGCACGAGCGCAUCGAGAACGAGUGCAUCAUCGGGCUGCUGCAGCAGCGCUGCUGCACGGUGUACAACGUGCACUCGGACAACAAGCUGUCGGAGAUGCUGUCCCUCUUCGAAAAGGGGCUGCACAACGUCAAGAGCGAAUACGAGCAGCUGAACUACGCCCGGCAGCUGAAGGAGCGCCUGGAAGCCUUCACCCAGGACUUCCUGCCCCACAUGAAGGAGGAGGAGGAGGUGUUCCAGCCCAUGCUGAUGCAGUACUUCUCCUACGAGGAGCUGAAGGACAUCAAGAAGCAGGUGGUGGCGCAGCACAGCAGCCAGCAGCACCGCGCCGCCGCGCAGCUGCUCAAAGGCCUCAGCCUGUGGAGCCAAGCGGAGGAGCUGCACAAGGCCCUCAAGUACGCCGACCACGAGAAGACGCACGACGACCCGGAGCAGCUCUCGGAUUCCUCGGCUCACAUCUCUGAUCUGCCGACGGAGCUCCUGCUGCGGCUGCUCCGCUACCUGGGCCCGGAGGACCUGUGCCGCUGCAGCCAGGUGUGCAGCUCCUGGCUGGACCUGACCCGGACCGGCUCCCUGUGGAGGCACCUGUACCCCGUCCGCUGGGCCAGAGGCGACUACUACAGCGGGCCCCCAGGGGACCGGGACCAGGAGCCGGGCGAGGAGUGGGUCCGGAGCCGGCAGAACGAGGGCCGGGCCUACCAGGAGUGGGACGAGGACGCCGACGUGGACGAGUCGGACGAGUCGGGCGGCGCCCGCGGCUCGCCGGCCAUCGACACCGCCCAGCGGGAGAAGAGGCUCCUGAACGGGCUGCUCCAGAACCUGCUGCCGGCCGUGGGCCCGGCCGUCAGGUCCAUGGUUCUGGCCUACAGCUCCACGGUGUCCAGUAAAAUGGUGACGCGGCGCCGCCUCGCUUCUUUUGGACUGAGGAGGAGACCGGGCCUGACCUGUUGUUGUUGUUGUUUUCAGGUGCGCCAAAUCCUCAGUUUCUGCCCCAACAUCAGACACCUGGACCUGACCCAGACGGACGUGACGGAUUGUGCAUUCGACAGCUGGGCGGCGCUGGGCGGCUGCCUCUCCCUGGAGCAUCUGGACCUGUCGGGCUGCGAGAAGCUGACGGACCACAGCGCCAUGAAGCUGUCUGUCGGCCUCGGCGACCUCGCGUCCUCCGGCGGCGCCGACCGGCGCUCGGCCCAACGGGCCAAGCUGCUCCAGAGCUCCCCGGUCCCCAUCGCGCUCACGGAGGCCCGGAAGAACCCGGCGGCGGGGCGACAGCGCCGGGCGCUCGUCUUCAAGCCUCCGGGGGCCCCGACGCGGGUCUGGGUCCUGGACCUCGCCGACAUCGAGGACGCGGCGGACUGGAGCCGCGGCGGCGCCGAGAGCUUCGCGGAGACGCAGCCGGCGGGCGGCGCCUGCUGCUGCAGGAGGCCCGGCGGCGAGCAGCGGACCGGCGCCGGCUUCUUGCAGUACGCCGGCGUGGCGGCAGAGUCACUGUGCGGACACUCCGCCUGCUGCGCAGCCGACGUGGCCCUCAGGACUUUCGCCGGGCCGCCGGGCGACUCGGGCGCCACGGGGCUUCGGACUGAGCGCUCCUCUUUUGAGGGCCGGCGCUGCCCGGAGCGCGAGGACCGGGCGGCGCCGACGACCACGGCCACGCGCUCGCUGAGGUUCCUCAGUCUCUCCGGAUGCUACCAAGUCACAGACCUGGGCCUGAGGGCUCUGUCUCAGCGCGGAGGUCUUCCUCACCUGGAGCACCUCAACCUGUCCGGCUGCCUCUUCAUCACCGCCGUGGGCCUGAGGGAGCUGGUGUCUGUCUGCCCUGCGCUCAAUGACGAGCACUUCUACUACUGCGACAACAUCAGCGGUCCUCACGCGGACACGGCCAGCGGCUGCCAGAACCUGCAGUGUGGGUUCAGGGCCUGUUGUCGCUCUGGAGAGUGACCCACCCAGCACCGCUCCAUCAAGGAAAAUAUUAUAUAUAUAAAAAUACAUUUAUAUAUAAUGUAUAUAUACAUAUAUAAAUACAUUUAUAUAUAAUGUGUAUAUAUAUAUAAUGUAUACAUUUAUAUAAUGUAUACAUUAUUAUUAAUAUAUAUAAUGUAUAUUUAUGUGUAUAUAUAUACACAAAUGUAUUUACAUAUAUAUUAAUAUGUAUGUUUAUAUAUAUAUAUAAAUGUGUGUAUAUAUAUAACUUCGUUUUAUUGCACUUUAUCCUGGGAAUACCGGUUUCUGUUUUGUGUCACAUAAAAGAAAAUUCUGAAUGAAACUGUAA